AGUUACGUUCGUUCUUUUUCUCUGCCGGGCCACGAGGAGCACAAAGGAUCUCAACAUUUCUCUCACAAUUUUUCAAUUUUCGUCAUAAGCACAGCAUAAGAUGGCUGAACAAGAAGGUUGUAGAGUGUAUGCUGGUAACUUGGACUUUAAUACUGAGCAAGGAACUCUGGCUGAUGCAUUUGCAGAGUACGGAAAUGUUGUAGAUUGUAAACUCAUUACAGAUCGGGAGACUGGCAGGUCCCGUGGGUUUGGUUUCAUCACGUUCGACACCCAAGAAGCUGCUAAUAGAGCUGUAAGCGAUGGUCAAAAAGACAUUGAUGGCAGGGAUGUUAAGGUUUCAAUUGCCCAGGCCAGAAAUGAUUCGCGCGGCGGCGGGCGUGGACGAGGAGGCUACCGUGGGAAUAGCGAUGGAGGGUAUCAGCAGCGAAGCUAUGGCGGCGAUAGAGGGUACGGUCAACAGUCCUACGGCGGAGGCGGUGGAUAUGGAGGAGGAGAUGGCCACGGCCGUCAGGGUGGUGGUGGUGGCUGGUAAAGUCCAUCAGCAUAUCUCGAUAAAAAAAACACCUUCAGAAUUGUUCCAUUCUUUGAAAAUGGGGAAGCCAAUCGGGCGGUGAUAAGCGCGGGAUAUCUGAUAAAUAACACAUUAUUACCAAUCCGCGGCAACUGAUGAAGAACAUGUUUUUGAUUUAAUGACAUGGGCUAUUUCCUUUUGCCAAAAGUUGUGUACUGAUGUGGGACCAUUCAUCAACCUUUAACACUUGUGAUUACGCAAUUACUUUCGGUUAUGAUCACGAGGAGGGGCCAAGGCACGCAACUUUAUCAAUUACCUCGUUUACCAAAACGAACAUUAAAAUUUUUCAGACGAACAGUUUUUUCAGCCUUUCAAAAAACGAUACAAGACAUUGGGAUAAAUUGUGAUUCAACUGAUAUAAUUCAUCAACUGUUCAAUUACCGUAUUUGUCAAAAAUACUGGUUGAACUAGACGCUGUACAAAUUAUGUGACAUUUUGAUAGACAACAUAGAAAAGUGAAAAAUAUUCUUGGAUAUGUUGAUAGAACUUCGGUGUAUCACAUAAAGAGCUUUGGUGUGAUAAAUUUGAGACAAUGAAGUUCACUUGAUCAAGCUGCAUCCUUUUUCAAAAGUAAAUGACAAGUUGUAGGAUAUUUCAGUCGAGCAAUUAUCAAACUUUAAUUCUGAACUGUAAUUGAGGUGUUUAGAGCUCAAAUUGUGCAUAAUGUUACUUCUCAUCUCAAAGCAUUGAUGUUUCAUCAUUCAUUUCAUUGCCAGGUUGCCAUGCAUCAAUACAGUUGUAAAAUUGCAUUUGUUAAAACGAGUUGAACAAUGGCAUUGUAUGUCUUCUUGUUUUUGUAAAACCUGUCUUGAAAGCAGUGAUUUAUAAUUAAAUGUAGGAAACAGUU